AUGAAAGCUCUAGAAACGCUUGGACAGAAGCCGAAAGAGUGGGGCCCGCUGUUGUUGCAUAUACUGUGUUCAAAAUUAAACAACGAGACGUUAAAAGAGUGGGAGAUUAAAUCGGUUAAGGACAAAAUACCGUCUGUUACGGAAUUAAUCCAGUUCAUAGAGGAUCGAUUCCAAAUAUCCGAAUCCAUUGAAUCGUCGAAAUAUAUAAAUACAGAGUCUGCAGUAAAGGAAAAAGGUCUUAUAAAGUUUAGUAAAAAUAAUAAAUACAAAGCCGCAACAAGUUCAACGGCAUUUACAUCGACAGCUACGGCUGUAUGCUAUGCGUGCAAUCAGCCGCACACCAUUUAUAAAUGUCCCGUAUUUACUGCUUUAUCUACACGUGAUCGUAUUGACAAGGUAGUCCAACUAGAGCUGUGCAAAAUUUGUUUACGCAAACACAGCGGUUGUAAAUGUUUUGGUAAAUAUUGUUUUAAAUGUAAUAAACCACAUAAUACGAUGUUACAUUUAAACCAAAAACCUAGUAUCAACGAACAGGUAGUAAACACAGAUAAAGGUGAACAGACGGCGACGACGUCAUCAACGACAGCACAUGUCGCUAAUGAGACCGAUAACGUGUUGCUAGGUACCGCGGUAGUAGAAGUAUUCGGCUUAAACGGCGAAAAGACUUACGCCCGGGCAUUGCUCGAUUCGGGGUCUACUAAUCAUUUCAUUUGUUCGGAGUUGGUAAACAGUUUAAAAUUAAAUAAACAUAAGACAAAUCAUAUUGUUUACGGAAUUGGGAGUUCAAAACAGAACGUGACGGCAACGGUAUCGUUAAGAAUCAAAUCGCGCGUGAGUGAUUAUGAAAUAAACACGCAAUUAUUAAUUGUUCCAAAAAUCACGGGAGAUUUACCCGCGCGAAGGGUGUCCAAAAGUGAAGUUAAACUCGAAAUGAUUACACUUGCGGAUCCGUCAUAUAACGUUCCUCAAAAAAUUGACAUAUUAAUUGGAGCACGUCAUUUUUAUGAUAUUGUGGGAGCUCAGCAGUAUAAACCGGAUGCAAAUGGCCCUGUAUAUCGCGAGUCUAAAUUUGGAUAUAUUAUUUCUGGUUUAACAUCAAACGACACAAACAUAAAAAACACGAUUUCCUGUUAUGCCUCAAACAGUCACUAA